CUAGCAGUGCAUGAUCAAACACCUGAUCCUCAAAACAUGAAACCCUUCGGACAGCCAUGGGUGGUUUGGCUUCUGACGGUGGCGUUAGCCUCCAUAGUUUUCACAGGCAGACGGUGGAAGAGCCUUAGCAGAAGAAAGCCCUCCGGCAUUGAUUGCGCCGGAGGGGACACCAUGGCCAGCCUCGACGACCAUAACCUGGCGAUUUCUCUUCAAUAUGCUGCUCAAAAAAUAAGUGAUCACUGUGUGGAAGAGAUUUUAGAGAACAUUUUUAUGAAGAGUCUUAGGUUUGUAAGUCCAGAAUGCCUCCUUGAACUGGAAGAAGCAGAGCCAAAUUACCACAAUGACUUGGCUUUAUCGCCGAAUGGCCGCCGCAGCUUCAUCAUCCUCCCGUCCUCGGUUAACACCACUUCGGGCAAUGUCAAUGCUUCUUCUUCGCCGGUCGACGACGCAGCUUCUUCUGCUUCCUCUCCUGCCAUUGAUUUCCUCUCUUUAUGUCACCGCCUAAAGACAACAAAAAGAGCAGGAUGGAUACGUAAAGAUGUUAAGGAUCCAGAAUCAAUAGCGGAUCAUAUGUAUCGAAUGGGUUUGAUGGCUCUGAUUGCUUCAGAUAUCCCUGGCAUAGACCGAAACAAGUGUAUAAAAAUGGCUAUUGUUCACGAUAUUGCUGAAGCUAUUGUUGGGGAUAUUACGCCAUCAGAUGGUGUUUCAAAAGAAGAAAAGAGUAGACGAGAACGAGAAGCACUUGAUCAUAUGUGUAAAAUGCUAGGUGGAGGAUCUAGAGCAUCGGAAGUAGCUGAGUUAUGGAUGGAGUAUGAAGCAAAUUCUUCACCAGAAGCUAAAUUUGUCAAGGAUCUUGACAAGGUGGAGAUGAUACUUCAAGCCUUAGAAUAUGAAGAUGAGCAGCAGAAGGAUUUGGAUGAAUUUUUUGAGUCAACUGCUGGGAAGUUUCAGACUGAAACGGGCAAAGCUUGGGCAUUGGAAAUAGUAUCAAGGAGGACGAAAAAUCAUCACCCCAAGUUACACUGAUAUUUGAUCCGGUUCUUGUGUUCUUAUUGCAAUAAUUGGAAAGCUUGGUGGUUGAGGUGGAAGUUGAACUGGCAGCGAUGUGAUAACAAGCAAAGAAUCCCACGCUGGGUGCCCAAGGCCCACCAACAGGCUGAGAAAUGGUGGCUGCGCAGGAAGCAGCGGGUCGAAGUACAACCCGCUUUCAUUAGUAACAGAAUAUUAGCUAACCAAUAUAACCUACGUGCUCAUCCAAUUCUGAGCUUCCUUUGACAUCUUUGAAUACUCUUAGACAUUUUUUUGGGCCUCAACAUACCUUUGGUGGUUAAUGAUCUCAGCGAAGCCUAUAUUGAUUUCUUGUUUA